AUGGGACAAAGAAGUGGACGUCAACAAAGAAGCAAGAAACUACAGCUGGCAUUAAGUGAGACCAUGGAGGCAGAAGCAAACGUCCAAAAUAAUAAAGAGGAAGCCAAAGAGCUGAAGGCCAAAGACCAGAGGCUAAUAUCAGUUUUUGGUGUGGCAGACUUAAAAAACGAAGCUAUUGGUCUGUACAACAUUGGACAGAACUGUUGUCUGAACUCCCUGCUCCAGGUGUUCUUCAUGAAUAUACACUUCACUAGGAUACUUCGAAGGAUCAUAGUGCCAUCACCUGCUGCGCAGAAGAGGAAUGUCCCAUACCAAAUGCUUCUGCUGUUGGAGGCAAUGCAGUGUGGCAAGCGGAAAGCUGUUUCUCCCACAGACCUCGCUUCCUGUCUUUCAGUAUACAGAGUGAAAUUGUUUGUGCAGCAUGAUGCUGCCCAGCUCUUUUUGACUCUCUGGAACUUGUUAAAGAGGCAGAUGCAAAAGCCAGAGCUGGUUGAAGAGCUGAAUGAUUUGUACACUAUCUGUGUACAGGAGCACCUGGCCUGUCAGAAAUGCUCUUUUGAAAUUAAAAGGAACAGCAGCAUACUAACCCUUCCACUCCCACUGCUGGAUUCCAGUUCUCACAUGCUGAAAACUCUG